GUCCCGGAUCCCACACCACCCCUGCCGCGGCCCCAUUUUCACCAUAAAUACCCACAAACCCUCCCUUUCGUUUGCGGCGCUCCAGAACUUCCCAAAUUGUCCAUCGCUCAAGCAAUCUGUGCAAGGUACGAUGUCCGGCCGCGGGAAGGGAGGCAAAGGAUUGGGAAAGGGUGGCGCAAAGCGGCAUCGCAAGGUCCUCCGGGAUAACAUCCAGGGGAUCACGAAGCCAGCGAUCCGGCGUUUGGCGAGGCGGGGUGGGGUGAAGCGGAUCAGUGGCUUGAUCUACGAGGAGACCAGGGGUGUUCUCAAGAUCUUCUUGGAGAAUGUGAUCCGGGACGCCGUCACCUACACCGAGCACGCCCGCCGGAAGACUGUCACCGCCAUGGACGUCGUCUACGCCCUCAAGAGGCAGGGCCGGACACUCUAUGGAUUCGGUGGUUAGGACUUCUAUUCUAUGAAAAGUCUUGCUGUCAAGAAAAUGGCCAACAAGCAGAUUAAAAAAAAAGUUGAGAACUUUGGUAGGGUUUCUGUCGUAGGUGUCGUCUGUCGGUGUUGUCUUUUUAUUCUAUGUUGUUCUUUUCAUGGUUACUGGAAGGAACUCCGUUUGUAAAUCUUAGUGUAUCUUUUCAUCCAUGAAUGCAGUGCUUCAUUAUUCUCUCAAUCA